GUUUCUUCUUGAUGCAUGCUCGAUCAUAUUGGAGACCAUAUUACAUACUUUUAAACACUGUUUUUCUGCUAAAACUUCAUUCAGCCUUUCUUUGUUUCUUCUGCAUACAAAUUUUCUCCACCAAUUUCGGACCAAGAUGAAGGUUGAGACUCAGACGAGAUCUCAAGGGCAUGAUCAUGGGGAAGAAAAGAUGAAGACAAGGAAACAGAAAUCGCACGAGCAAACCGAUCAACAGACACCGGUAAAGAAGACGAAACAAGAGAAUGAAAAUGAGGACAGGAAGACGAAUGGGAAAGCAGCAAGUUCUAAGGAGUAUGAGGAGUUCUGUAAAGCUAUAAGGGAGAAUCUAUCUCCUGAUCAAAUGAAGGCUAUUCUUCAGUUUAAUGGCCAGGACCCUACUGGACUUGAUGACUCCGUCAUUUCUAGAUGCCAAGACCUGUUAUAUUAUGGAGCAUUGUUGGAAUGUAAAGUGUGUGGAGGCAAUUUGGAGUUCAUUGGAAAUAGUUAUUCUUGUACUGGUGAGUUGAGUGAAUGGGCUACUUGCACCUACAACACCAAAAAUCCUCCUAGGAAGCAGGAUCCUAUCAAGCUUCCUGAUUCAGUCCUCGAUUCUCCAGUUUCAGAUUUGUUGAAAAAAUACCAAGAUCCGAGUCAGCGUCAUCAAAAGGAGAUACCUCAUCAUGCUGACAAGCCUUUCACAGGCAUGGUCAUAUGUUUGUCUGGCCGCCUUUCUCGAACUCAUCAAUACUGGAAACAAGAGAUUGAAAAGCAUGGAGGCAAAGUAGCCAACACAGCUAUUGGUGUGACUUGUUUAGUCGUUUCUCCCAUGGAAAGAGAACGUGGUGGCUCAUCAAAAGUGUCUGAAGCAGUAGAAAGAGGCAUACCAGUGGUGCGGGAGGCAUGGUUAGCAGAGAGCAUCGAGAAGCAAGAGCUACUUCCUUUAGAGGCUUACGACUGUAUAUCUGAUCGAUCUUCUUACGGCAAAGGAAUCGCAUGGGACAAACAGGAUGCGAGUGAGGAAGCGCUUGAAUCCCUCAAUGCCGAGCUUAAAAUGUAUGGAAAGAGAGGUGUCUACAAGGACACCAUGCUUCAGCAACAAGGAGGGAAAAUCUUGGAGAAAGAUGGGUUGCUUUACAACUGCGGUUUCUCUCUUUGUGACCAAGGCCGCAGCAUAAACGAGAUUGCUAUUACUCAACUGAUCACUGUGCCUAAUAUGAAGCUGCAACUCUAUUACAAGAAGGGUAAAGUAGGGGAUGAUCCCAAGGCAGAGGAGAGGAUGGAAGAAUGGGAUAGUAUGGAUGAUGCAAUAAAGGAAUUUGCACGGCUUUUCGAGGAAUUAACAGGAAAUGAGUUUUUGCCAUGGGAAACAGAAAAGAAGUUUCAGAAGAAACCUCAAAAGUUCCAUGUGAUAGACAUGGAUGAUGGAGUUGAGGUGAGGUACGGUGGGUUGGGUGUUCGGCAACUUGGAGCAGCCGCUGCUCAUUGUAAACUGGAUCCUGUUGCUGCAAAUUUCAUGAAGGUUUUAUGCAGCCAAGAGAUUUAUAGAUAUGCUUUAAUGGAGAUGGGUUUGGACUUGCCUGAUAUGCCAGUUGGAAUGGUCACUGAUUUGCAUGUGAAAAGAUGCGAGGACGCUCUUCUGCAAUUUAUAGAGGAUAUGAAGUCGCAGGAGCAAAAAGGGCCAAAGGCUGAAGCGUUGUGGUCUGAAUUUAGCUCCAAAUGGUUUACUCUCAUGCAUUCUACUCGUCCUUUCAUCUUCAAGGACUUCCAGGAACUUGCAGAUCAUGCUGCAUCUCCUCUCGAGGCUAUCAGGGACAUAAAUGUGGCUUCACGUUUGAUAGGUGACAUGAGUGGCUCGACAUUGGAUGACCCGUUGUCAGACCGUUACAAGAAGCUCGGGUGCAAAAUAACCCCAUUGGACAAAGAAUCUGAUGAUUACAAGAUGAUCCUCAACUACUUAGAGAAAACCUAUGAACCAAUUAAAGUUGGUGAAGUUGGUUAUGACAUAUCAGUUGACAAUAUCCUUGCUGUUGAUUUGAGCGCUGGACCAUCUUAUGAGGAGAUAAAGAAGUUGCCAAACAAAGUUCUGCUAUGGUGUGGAACUCGAAGUUCGAAUCUGCUAAGACAUCUGCAGAAGGGUUUUCUCCCUUCAAUCUGUUCUCUUCCUGCUCCAGGCUACAUGUUUGGGAGGGCGAUUGUAUGUUCGGACGCUUCAGCUGAAGCUGCAAGAUAUGGAUUCACGGCAGUGGACAGGCCAGAAGGCUUCCUGGUACUGGCAGUUGCGUCUCUUGGGAACGAAAUAAUCGAAGCUAAGAGCCCACCAGAGGACACUAAGUCCUUAGAGGAGAGGAAGGUAGGAGUGAAAGGGGUAGGGAGGAAGAAAACUGACGAGUCGGAGCAUAUUGUUUGGAAGGAUGAUAUCAAGGUGCCCUGUGGGAAACUAGUUCCAACAUCCCCUGAACCAAAGGAAAGUAUCCUUGAUUUUAACGAGUAUGCUGUUUAUGAUCCAAAUCAGGUUAAGAUAAGCUUCUUGGUAGCAGUCAAGUACAUAGAGAAAGAUGCAGUUAUGGAAGCAGCUGAGUGACACGGUGACAGGUUUACAUAAGCUUCUUGGUAGCAGUCUAAGUAGAUAGAGAAAGAUGCGGUUAUGGAAGCAGCCGAGUGACAAGGUGACAGGUUUACGAAGUUGGUGGCUGUUUAAGUAUGUGUAGGGUUUCCUUUUGUUGUCGGAGUUAGGGGAGGGUAAGCACACAAAUACAUCCUCCCUUGGCCGUGGUUCCCUCAGAUCUCCAUAUGUAUCUUGAUGGGUGGAUUAGUGUAGCAUUUUGCUGUGUAAAUAGUUACAUGCCCAAGGAAUUGCAUUUUGUGUUGCAAGGGAAGUAGAAUGACGAUGAACAAGUAUAGUUUUGUAAGUUCCUUGUGUUAAAAUGUAUAAUUUGCGCCAUUUUGGUUA